UAGUGUGUGUGAGCGGUAUAGAGGAAGUGGCGGCUGAUCUGGGUCCGCACCUUUUCCGGUAACACAGCACCGCCACCGCUGUGACUGAACGGCUGGAGAGAGAGAGAGAGGGAGGAAGAGAGACAGAGAGCGGCAAGAGCGGGGAGAAACGGUCCGGGGACAGGGGGAUGAUUGCCGCAGACGGGGAAGAGAAGAAAGUCGGAUGAAUCAAUGACCUUUUGAGCGCUCUUCCUCUGGAUGUCCCGGCGCAGAAACGGACCGGAGAGGUUUAAUUUAGGCUUUUUAACAAGAAAAUUACCGAGCUUUGAAAAUUCAUCGACUGGAAUUAGCUAAGGCCAAUUGUGGAUACCCGGCAGCCAAGGAGGAAGUGGGAACCCCCGGGCUUGAACUGGGCCUGAUUUUUGUAUAGUCCGCUUCUGGUGAGAAGGCACUACUUUGUGUCAGUUUCCAGCUCCGCUGAGAGCAACAGGAUUUCGAACGGAAAAAAAACUUGAAAUGUGGCUUUUGACGGAAGUCAGUGCUCAUAGGCGACUUUGAAACAUAUCGGGCUUUUUUCUUCUUCUUACUUCGGAAUCCAUUGGAUCAUGAAAACAGACCCCCACUCAAGUCUGUGAGGGCUCCAUACACACUGCUUCUACUGAAUGCUCAGGUCAGAUCACCACAGACCAGCUAACUGUACUGUACAAACUUGCAAGCCACCACCUUUUGAACAUUGACACUUGUGUCAGCCCACCGCUGCCAUCACGUGGAGGACUUUCAGUAGCAACACAGUGAAACUGUAACUUCUCAGUGAUAUAUCUCCCCCCCCUAUUUUCUUCUCAUUGGAGAAGCUUCAUUAUAUCUUCUAAAGAAGUAUUUAUGAACAGAAAACAAGAUGGGGAAAAUGCUUUCAAAGAUCUUUGGCAACAAGGAGAUGAGAAUUUUGAUGCUUGGACUUGAUGCUGCUGGGAAAACUACCAUCCUGUACAAGCUGAAGCUGGGACAGUCAGUCACCACCAUCCCCACUGUUGGUUUCAAUGUGGAGACUGUCACCUAUAAGAAUGUGAAGUUCAAUGUGUGGGACGUGGGGGGACAAGAUAAGAUCAGGCCGCUCUGGAGACAUUACUACACGGGCACCCAGGGGCUCAUUUUUGUGGUGGACUGUGCCGACAGGGAUAGGAUUGACGAGGCGAGGCAGGAGCUCCACCGCAUCAUCAACGACCGGGAGAUGCGGGACGCCAUCAUCCUCAUCUUCGCCAACAAGCAGGACCUCCCAGAUGCCAUGAAGCCACACGAGAUCCAGGAGAAGCUGGGCCUGACGCGGAUCAGAGAUAGGAAUUGGUACGUUCAGCCUUCGUGUGCGACGACAGGGGACGGACUCUACGAGGGCCUGACCUGGCUUACCUCAAAUUAUAAGUCUUAAUGUUUCCCUCCCUUCCUCCUCCUUUCUCACCAGCCUGGACACUUGGAGGCAAAAGAAGUAGCUGAGAAUGAAAAAUAAUAAGUAAAAAGAAAAAAAGAUGCAAUCUGAAGCAAUUAAUACCACGACCCCUCUGCUGAGUAUGUAUCAAAGAGGGUAGCAUUUACUUCUAGUUUUCUUUCUUUCUCUUUUUUUGGAUAAUGUUGACAUCACUAUAAUCACAGAUUUCAUUUAAGCAAAAAACCAACAUAUUUCUUGGCUUUUUUUUUCCUUUGUAGCUUGCUUUGGUUCACACUCUGUAUAACCAGCACUGUUUAAAUAUACAGUACGCUUUCUUUUACAGCAAAUUCUUUAUUUUUUUAACUCCCUGUUUUUGUUUUUUUGUGUAAUUUUUUUUUUUCAGGGGACUAUGGGGGACACGUUUAUAUUUCCCUUAACCCUCAUUCAGUAUUCUCAGUCAUCACCCAGCUACAUAUCCAAAGGAUGGGGAAAGUCCAAAAAGACAAAAAACAAAUGGGGAAAAAAAAAAGCCCAUUGCCUAGCACAACUGCAUAUCACCUUCACUGGUCGAAGUUGCCGCUGUAAUUUGUUAGAAUGCGUGUUUAUGAAUAUGUUAGGACCUUCCUUUUGUAUUCGAUUGUACUGGGAUGAAUGAGGACGUGUUAGUUAUUUCAUGUGCAGUGAUUCCAUCCAUAAUGUCUACUGUGGCGGUUUGUUCGAAAGACACUAUGUGGACGCUUGAUAUUCUGACACACACACGUACACACUGUGAUAUGGAUAUAUCUAUACAUUUUGUUGUUUCAGGGUUUGAAUCUGUUACAACCAGUCUUAUCGUUUCCUCUCGAGCUUCCGUUACUGUUGAGUGUUUGUAGUUUCGGCUGCCUUAAGACGGACCUGAGUUACAGGUGUCCCCACACCCCCCUCCCCAAAAUCAAGACAGCAGAAGGUAUUCUUAGUCGCUGAGUUUGCACUGCAGGACAGAGCGAGGGAGGGAGGGAGAGGGGUUGGUUAGCAACAAGGUGGCUGUGCACAUUUUUACUCUCUGUGACUGACUUUUGGACCCCAGCAAAUGUUAACCAAAUACCCAACCCUCCCCAUUCACCACCACCACCUCCUCCACCUCCAAUGCAGGUGCUCCAGUGACUUCAACCCCCUUCUCUUUUCUUUAAUUAUUAUUAUUUUUAAAAUCAUCAGCCUGUAUGGUCCUGCAAACACCAAACCGGCUAUUCUGUUAACGCUUUAUAGAUGCCGCUGUUUUAUUUCUUCUCUUUUUCUUUUUUUUU